AUGUUCUCUGCCCUAGGUCUUUUCAAAGGGAUUCCAUGUCCUAAACAGUACGAGUGCAGCCUUCCCAGCUGCAUCUUCUUACAUGAUUCGCCAAUAACUUCGGUGGACGUACAGGAUGCUGCUGUUCCGGCUAAAGAAUAUGAUCCCUUCAGCGCGGGUGAAGUUCAUUCUCCGCCACCGAAGAGACGGCGACUAGCAUCUCCUGCACGACCAAAAGGUGUUGAAAAUGCAGUCAAGUCCGCUGCGCAUGACAGCCAGCUUCCAGAUCAACCACAUCCACCCAAACCUGCACCCACCAUUCCCGUGGUCAAAAGCGGCCACGCCUCCACGGCGGUCACUUUACCAACGGUGCGGUCUACCUCCAGGACUGCACCUGCUUCGAUAGCAAGAACAGUAUCACCGCCCAGGUCGAGGGACAGCAUACAACUAGGUGCUCGGAACGCCACGAAGCCUACAAAGACCGAAACACUGACACCGCGUAAUGUGAGCAAGGCACCAGCCAUGUUGAAGACGAGGCUGGCUGUGCUGCAGAAGUUGCAUGAGCAAAUGCAGGUUCAGAAUUUGAAGCUCGCUUCUGUCGAUGAUCAGCGGAAGGCUCUCAUGCUUGACAAUCAAGAGCUGAUCAAAUACGCCUUGGACGAAGAAGAGGCCGCCACCAAGCUGGGGGAGAACAUCUACAAGAAUGCAAUGGCCCAAAAGGUUUUGCGCAUCAAAAAGAUGACCACAGAAGAAUGGGUUGCAACUGUGAGCAUAUGGACCGGCACCGCACGCCAGAUCGUUGCUGAGCAAAUUGGCACCAACGCCGCAGCCGAAUUGGUCUCAACAGGGCUUGGUACUCUAGAUGAACAGAUCGCAGUUUUGAAGCAUCUACGCACGCCUCUGGAGGGUCUUGAGCAGUUCAACUAUGUGACAAGCAAGCCAAGCGACAAGGAAAUCGCAUCUGCAAAGGCAGGACUAGCCGCUGCUAGCGGAUGGGAGACUUGUGACAGAUGUGGCACGAGAUUUCAGGUCUUUCCAGGCAGAGACGAGCAUGGGAAGCUGACUAGCCACGGAAAGUGUCGAUAUCAUUGGGCAAAGCCCUAUCGCGCCAUUGGAGCAAAGACCGACAGAAUUCUUGGUCAAUCUGAGGCUACCUACCGUUGCUGCAACAAAUCUGCCGGUAGCGAAGGCUGCUCUGAAGCACCCACUCACGUCUUCUAUGUGAAAGACCCAAAGCGACUUGCGAGCAUUUUGCAGUGGGACCACACUCCAGCAAAGAAUGAUAUUAGGAGAAGACAACCAGUCUCGUUUGAUUGCGAAAUGGGAUAUACCACCUUUGGUAUGGAAGUCAUUCGACUCACUGCCGUAUCAUGGCCUGAUGACAAGCUUUUGCUCGACUACCUGGUCCGGCCAUACGGAGAAAUUCUGGAUCUCAAUACCAGAUUCUCCGGUGUGACCCAGGAAGCGUUUGCAAAUGCUCCAUUCUAUCAGCUAGGGUCGGGCCCGGACGCCGCCCUGGAGACACUUCACCUGCACAAAGUGGAAUCACCAGCGGCAGCAAGAGAAUUACUAUUCCAGCAUUUGAGCCCCGAUACACCGCUGAUUGGCCACGCCAUCGAGAAUGACUUGAACGUCUGCCGUAUCAUUCACCCAUUUGUUGUCGACACGGUACUUUUGUACCCUCACCCUCGAGGCUUACCGAUCAGAUACGGCUUGAAAAUGCUCAGUCAGAAGUACCUGCUUAGAACGAUUCAGUCAGCAGGUGAAGAGGGCCAUGACUCCAAAGAAGACGCUGUCGCGACUGGAGACUUGGUCAGCAAAAAGGUAGCGGAGAAGUGGAACGCUAUGCGAAGGGAAGGGUGGACUUUCGUUGAAGGCAUGUUGACAGCACCUCAUGAGCAUUUGUGCUAG